GUUUUUGGAUAGUUUUUUAGCCUGCCCUGAAUCAAGGGCUUUGAUACCAAAUGGAUCAGAAUUCGGAAAAGGAGAUGAUACAAGACAGUUGAAGGAUUGUCAAGCAAAUUAAGGACAUCAUUCAUUUCAUCGAUGCCAAUCCCCGUCACAUGGGGGUUAUAUAAGCCCAUAGAAGAAUGUUUUGCCUCGUCUGACCGUUAGUCCUAUCCUUGAACUUCUGAGAGUAUUACCCUUGUUCGUUCCUUAGGGUUGAUGAGAAAGGAUAAAACUUGGCUGACCAGCCAUGGUUAGCCAGGGCUGACCAACUACAUGCAUAUACGUAUUGUCAUUUGACACGUGUCCAUUCUAUAAAAAUUUGUUAUUUUAUUUGAGUGCCCAUCCCUUACAACUGAUAAACUAUGUCUCCUCCUCUUCUCUUCCAACUCUUAAGAGAAUUCUGCAUUCAUUAGAGGACCGGUUUGGAUCCACUUUAUUUUUUUUCUAAAUCGAGUAAGUUUUGUGGAUCUUAGAAAUUGGAAGUAUUGGUUUCUUCCGGAUUGUAUUGAUUGUGAGGAUUUUGAUUAUACCACGUCUGCAUUGAGCUUCUUCAUGCUUCCUUCCAUGGCUUACAUCUAAGAGCUUCUUCUCCAUCUUUGCUCUUCUGGGUUUGGUAAAGUCGUCUUCUUUAAUGGUUUCAGAGCUUUGGAUACAUCAUCUAAGAGCUCUGAUGAAAGAAAAAAGAUUUGGUGAUGGAUCUGGAACUGUAAGAGCUACUUGGGGAAAUAAAGGCACGGUUCUUGCGGCCAACGAAUUUGACCCACAAUUGAGCUAAAGUCACGGGACUUGAUUCGAUUAUUUUGGUAUGUGAAGAGAAGAAAAUGCUUUGUUUUGUUUCAGACUUCAGGGUAGAUCAAAAUGGGUUUGCUUUUUGAUUAAUUCUCAUUGACCCUUUAUUUUGUUGCUGGGGAAGAAAACAUGAAAUUGCAAUGAAAAUUCUAAAUGUCUUAGGAAUGGAUGGGGAUGAUUUUUGGGCUAGCUGCGCUGAAUAGUUUUAGCAUCGAAUUCUAAGUUCAUCUCCAGAUCAAAAAAAAAAAAGAAAAAAAAAGAAGAAGAAGAAAUCUUGUCCAAGAAGGAAACGACAAUUCCUGCAUGGGAAAGAAAUCUAAAGCAAAUCCUUGUCCAUUAAUGGAAUUAUGCAUAUCCUUUUAUACUCCUAAACCCUAAACCAAAGCACAACCCUUGUUAAUUAUUCCGCAGCUUGCAACAACCCACAAAAAAAGAGGCUAUAGAAUUUUCAACAAAAUAUAACCGAGCUCGUGUCUAUGAAGGACAAGGUCGAUGCAGAAGUGUGUUCGUGGUGUGCCGGGAAAAAAUGCUCAGCGAAAUUGAAAGAGAACCCAGCCAGCAGUCAGCAGUCGAAGACUAAAGCAGGAACCACCCGAGGAACAUUCGAGGUAGAUCUACCGGAGGCUGAGGCUGGAAAGGUGAAGUUGAGGUUUGCGCCGGAACCAAGUGGUUAUCUUCACAUUGGGCACUCGAAAGCAGCUUUACUGAAUCAGUAUUUUGCUCAGCGGUAUCAAGGUCAGCUUAUUGUGCGGUUUGAUGAUACUAAUCCUGCUAAAGAAAGCAAUGAGUUCGUCAAUAAUCUUCUCAAUAUUCAGACUUUGGGUAUCAAGUAUGAGAAGGUUACCCAUACUUCAGAUCACUUCGGUGAGUUGAUGGAUAUGACCGAGGAGCUGAUUAACCAAGGUAAAGCAUAUGUCGACGAUACACCUAGAGAAGAGAUGCAAAAGCAACGGAUGGAUGGGAUUGAGUCCAAGUGUAGAAACCACAGCAAAGAGGAAAAUUUGAAACUGUGGGAGGAAAUGAAAGCAGGUUCAGAGAGGGGUCUGCAUUGUUGUGUUAGAGGGAAGCUGGACAUGCAGGACCCUAAUAAAUCACUCAGAGAUCCAGUUUAUUGUUGCAAUCCAAUGCCACAUCAUAGGAAAGAGAUAGGGUCCACGUACAAGGUCUACCCAACUUUUGUUUUUGCUUGUCCUUUUGUUGAUUCCAUUCAAGGUAUAACUCAUGCCCUUCGAUCUAGUGAAUAUCAUGAUCGCAACGCCCAGUACUAUACGAUUCAAGAGGACAUGGGCCUGAGAAAAGUGCAUCUGUAUGAGUUCAGUAGGUUGAACGUGGUCUAUAUGUAUACACUCCUAAGCAAGCGCAAGCUUUUGUGGUUUGUUCAAAAUGACAAGGUCAAUGGAUGGGACGAUCCUCGAUUCCCAACUGUUCAAGGAAUUGUGCGUAGAGGUCUCAAAGUUGAAGCAUUGAUACAGUUCAUUCUUGAGCAGGGGGCUUCAAAGAAUCUGAAUCUUAUGGAAUGGGACAAACUGUGGACAAUUAACAAGAAGAUUAUUGAUCCUGUAUGCCCAAGACAUACUGCUGUCACUGAAGAGGGACGAGUGUUGUUGACUCUCUCUAAUGGCCCUGAGAAGCCAUUUGUCCGCAUAAUACCUAGGCAUAAGAAGUAUGAAGGUGCUGGAGAGAAGGCAACAACGUUCACAAGGAGCAUAUGAAUAGAUUGAGCUGAUACAGAGUCGAUAUCAGUAGAUGAGGAAGUGACAUUGAUGGAUUGGGGGAAUGCCAUUGUUAAGAACAUUGACAAAGACCAAGAUGGAAAUCUUGCGCUCAAAGGGGUUUUGCAUCUUGAAGGAUCUGUGAAAACCACCAAACUGAAGCUUACCUGGCUGCCUGAAAUAGAUGAACUGGUUAAGAUCUCGUCGAUGGAGUUUGAUUAUCUGAUAACAAAGAAGAAGCUUGAGGAAGGCGAGGAUUUCGUUGAUGUGCUUAACCCAUGUACCGAAAAGGAGACAGCAGCCCUUCAGGGGUCGUCAACGGGCCGGGUCGGGCCGGGCCGGGCCCAUUCAUAGCGGGCUUGGGCCGGAC